AUACACCAGCUACUUGUUUACGCCAUGUUGGAUAGCUGCUCUCGUGUUACCAGCUGGCGUCAUGGGAGUUAUUUUGGUCAACAAAUCAAGUCCCUCCUCGACUUUGAUUAACGCCGUGAGCUCUGUGAGCAUGACGAGCGCCAUAGUAUCAGGCAUAACAGUGUAUGAAUAUAAAUGGGCUGUGGGCAGAGUACUGGUCGCUAACCUGGUUGCUACGAUUACGACGGAAUGGGACGACGUUCACUUUGCCGACAAGGACGCAGCUCUUAAACUCACCGACCAGGAAAAUACUGCGGUAGCAAUAAGCUCCUUGAUUGCGAUAUUUUCCACCAUUGAGGUUGCCCUCGCCCUUUGUGCUGCUUGGAUCAGUGAUUCUCUCUACCAGCCUCCCCAAGAGAAUCAAAUCAGUCAGGUAUGUGAAGUACUUUAUCUUUUGGAGACAAGAAAUAACUUUCAUACCAUGGCAUAAAAACUU